AAUCCCUCUGCCAGUAACGCCAUCUUGAAAUAUCCCGACCUGCUCCCAGCUCCCACUCCAGAGUCAGAGUCGAGCUGCUUUGCGCCAGGCAUGGCGGGGAGCGAGUCACAACAACUCGACACAAAUACAGGCGACCGCUCGGCUGUUUUCGCGACGCGAACUUCGCGGGCAUCCAGCUCCUCGUGCUCCAGGACAUUCCAACCCCAAAGCACGAGCCGUAGGACCGUCGACGCCGUGACCACGUGAAAGCCGUCCACCUGGCUAGAGCCAUCGGACCGUCGACGCCGUGACCACGUGAAAGCCGCCCUCCUCCGCCGCGCGCUCAGCUGUUUCCCUGCUCUGUGGCUCGUAGUGGUGGGUAUACACACACCACUCCGACCGUAAACAACCGCGCGAGUGGGGCGAGCUCAAUCCCCCUGGAAGAAUACAGAGUCCUCGCGGAACAGAACAUGCGUUGGGCGGAUUUAUUUUUACAUUUAGGUGCUUUUUGCUAACGCUUUUAUCAAAAGCGACUUACAACCAUUCAUUCAGACUUAACACACAGACGGCGGAGUCAACCACGCAGGGCGACAGCCAGCUCUUCGGGAGCAGUCAGGGUGAGGUGCCUUGCUCAGGGACUCCUCGGGACUCAGCUAGGACGAGCAGGGGAUCGAACCAGCAACCUUGAACCUUCCGGUUACAAGUCUACCCGCUCUACCUUCUGGGCUGAAGUCUUCUUGCUUUAUAUCCACGUCGAUCUUCCGGUCCGAAAUCUUGAGCUGACCCAUAAGUUAUUGACUUGAUUGAUUGACAGGCGGGUUGGAUGCUCUCUGGUCCACAUAACGGAGCCUCUGGCCGUACACAGGUGUAUAACAACGGCGUUACGGGACAGUGUGGGUCGGUACAGACCCUGGCAGAGGCCGGCGGCGGGUUUGACAUUGCAUUGUAAUUAUGCAUUGUAGGCUACUAGAGUGUACAGGCUUGUUUGUUAUCCGGUUAAAGACUCCCACUGGAAUAAUUGAAUAUGGACUACGGGACUACUGACGGGAUACUUUGAGAAAAAGGCCACCCUCCAUCACUGAUUGGGCAAGAAAAUGCCAAGACAAUCACAAUGCUUAUUGUGCCAGACGGGUUUAUGAUCCAAUAGGUCUUGUGCCACACCGCUCCUGUUUCUUUAUUAGAUGGUACACCUCGAAUAGAAGAUGGGAGAAGCAGCCAAGCUGGCGUUUGCCGUUUUCCUCAUCUCGUGCUCCUCAGGCGCCAUCCUGGGCCGCUCGGAGACUCAGCAGUGCGCCUACUACAACACCGGCUGGGAGAAGGAGCGCACCAACCGCAGCGGCGUGGAGCCCUGCUACGGCGACCAGGACAAGCGGCUGCACUGCUUCGCCACCUGGAAGAACACGUCGGGCGUGGUGACGGUGGUGAAGAAGGGCUGCUGGCUGGACGAUGUCAACUGCUACGACAGCAGCCAGUGUGUGGAGAGGAAGGAGACCCCCGACGUCUUCUUCUGCUGCUGCGAGGGCAACAUGUGCAACGAGCGGUUCCUGUACACCCCCGACAACCUGCAGCCCCAGAGCGAGUCCCACCGCCAGUUCACCGCCUACACGACCUCCAACACCUUCUCCCAGAAGCCCCAUCUCUUUAGCACCCUGCUGUACACGCUGGUGCCCAUCCCGGGGCUGACAGCUGUGGUCCUCUUCUGCUUCUGGAUGUGGCGGCAGCACAAGCUGGCAUACCCCGCCGCCCUCGUCCCCACACACCACGCCUUUCACAUAAUGGUCGAGGACCCCGGGCCCUCUCCGUCCCCCAUCAUGGCCCAGAGGCCCCUGCAGCUGGUGGAGGUGAAGGCCAGGGGCCGUUUCGGCUGCGUUUGGAAAGCGCGGCUCCUCAGUGAAUACGUGGCCGUCAAGAUCUUUCCAAUUCAGGACAAGCUGUCAUGGCAGAACGAGUAUGACAUCUACAGCGUGAGUGGCAUGAAGCACGACAACAUCCUGCACUUCAUGGGCAUGGAGAAGAGGAACAACAACCUGGCGAUGGAGCUUUGGCUCAUCACCGACUACCACGAGAGGGGCUCACUGACGGACUACCUGAAGGCCCACCUGCUGUCGUGGGGCGAGCUGUGUCUGGUGGCCCAGACACUGGCACGUGGCCUGGCCUACCUCCACGAGGACAUCCCCGGGCAUCGCGAAGGCCACAAGCCCUCCAUCGCACACAGGGACAUGAAGAGCAAGAAUGUGCUGCUGAAGAAGGACCUGACCGCCUGCAUCGCAGACUUCGGCCUCGCACUCAAGUUCGAGGCCGGGAAGUCGGCGGGGGACACGCACGGACAGGUGGGUACCAGGAGGUACAUGGCCCCCGAGGUGCUGGAGGGGGCCAUCAACUUCCAGCGGGACUCGUUCCUGCGCAUUGACAUGUAUGCCCUGGGCCUGGUCCUCUGGGAGCUGGCCUCACGCUGCACCGCCGCCGACGGUCCGGUGGACCAGUACAUGCUGCCCUUUGAGGAGGAGGUGGGCCAGCAGCCGUCACUGGAGGACAUCCAGGAGGUGGUGGUGCACAAGAAGCUCCGCCCCCUUCUGCUGGACUGCUGGCACAAGCACCCGGGCCUGGCCUUGCUGUGUGAGACUAUCGAGGACUGCUGGGACCACGAGUCGGAGGCGCGUCUCUCGGCAGGCUGCGUGGAGGAGCGCGUGGGCCAGAUGCGGCGCGUGGCCGCGUCCGGUGGCCUGGAGGACAUCCUGCCUGUGGUCGCCAUGGUGACCAACCUGGACACCGUUCCCAAAGAGUCCAGCAUUUGACUCAGACACGACCCAGAGGGGCUGCUUGUGAGGCCGACCCUGCUGGGUGUGCGGCGGUGCACAGCCCCCUCUUUUGUUUUUAGUCCCGGUCACUAACGCCUUGUUUCAGGUAACACCUCCGGGGCUCCGUCCCCAGCGCCCGGCCCUAAGGCUCCACCCCCGACUCCUCCCUCACACCCCGAUAGCCGGUCUUCCGAUCCGUCCCGUUUGGAUCGGAGCGCCCCGAGGAGCUGGACCAUUGAGGUGCUAGACCAUUGAGGAGCGUUCCCUCGAUGGCGUACGUCUGGAUUAUCAGCGUUUCUUUUUUCCUGGACGACCGUCGCUAUUCUCUUAUGUUUGACCGAACGAGUGUUCAUUUCUAUACACACACACACACACACACACACACACACACACACACACACACACACACACACACACACACACACACACACACACACACACACACACACACACAGGGAGUUCUUUAACCAAGUCUUCCGGGAGUCCUGCGAUAGAUUCCUAGUGACGACCCCUGCAUACUUUGGCGGUAGGGAUGAAUGAAAAACAAUAAUGUUUGACAAUAAGUGAACAAAACAACAAAAAAACAAUCAUGAGCGACCUCCGUGAGAGGUGGGGUGGAUGUACUCUGGAGAAACCGAAGACACCACCGCUACUGAUCUGCCAACAGACGAUGGCUCUUGAAUGUUUUCUAGUGUUUAAUGCUGCUGUACAUAAUGUAUUAUGGACCCAGUUGUCAUGGUAAUC